AUGAUUGGCACAAAUGAAACUUCAGUUACUGAAUUUAUUCUUUUAGGCUUUUCAAGUGUUAAAAAUAUAAAGCUACUAUUGUUCGGAGUAUUUUUGUUUAUUUAUAUUAUCACGGUCACUGGAAAUAUUGUUAUUAUUACCAUAGUUUAUGUUGACCUACAGUUGCAUACACCUAUGUAUUUCUAUUUGGGUAACUUGUCGCUUUUGGAGAUUUUGUAUACCACUAAUAUUAUCCCUAGGAUGUUAUUUAACAUCAUCACAGAGAAUCAUAUUGUGCCUUUUUUAGAAUGCAUUGCCCAGUUGUAUUUUUUUGGUUCACUGGGUUCAACAGAAUGCUUUCUUUUGGGAGUAAUGGCCUAUGACAGAUAUGUAGCUAUUUGUAGGCCACUACAUUAUGCAACAAUAAUAAGUACUAGAACAAGUUUACUUAUGGCACUUUGUUCUUGGUGUACAGGAUUUAUUGCUACUUUUGGGGCAAUUAUAUUAGUCUCACAGUUGCAGUUUUGUGGACCUAAUACAAUUAAUCAUUUUUUCUGUGAUCUUCAUCCAGUCCUGCAGUUAUCUUGCAAAAAUGCACAUACAAUGGACACAGUAGCUUGGACAUUAGCUUCUACAAUUCUUCUGGGAUCAUGCCUUCUCACUCUUGCAUCAUACGUUCGGAUCAUGAUGACCAUAAUAGGAGUCCCAUCUAACAGUCGACAGAAAGCAUUCUCAACCUGCACAGCACAUCUUACUGUGGUUGUCAUAUUCUAUGGCGCUAUGAUUUCCAUGUAUGUCAGUCCAAAGGCUCUAAACAGUGUUGAAUUCAAUAGGUUUUCAUCCCUUCUUUACACAGUAGUUACCCCAUUUUUGAAUCCUUUUAUCUAUACUUUAAGGAACCAAGAAGUUAAGCAAGCAGUUACUAAAGCAGUUAUAAGACUCUGCGGACAUUAA